GAUCACCCCCAGCAGCUCCCGCACACCCUAGCCAGGCUGAGGGUCAUGAUGGAUAGCCAGACUCGCAGACGCUGACGGACAUACAAUGACACCGAAGCACACAGCUACACAGCACUGAGCUGCUCAGAUACAACCAGUGACAGCAUCACGCCCUGCCACAGCCCUGCAAUACAGACACCCCCCCACACACACAGAAACAACUGGUAACUCCGAAACAGGCACAGACAGUGACACACGGAGCCACUACCCCCCCCCCACGAGUGGGGGCACCUGUCCUCCAAACACACACACAAGACAGCGCUGACCCGAACAGACAGACCUGGAGACACACGCAAACCCCCAGCCAGGCGCUGCUGUUGGUGGCCUCUGCACAUCCUCCCUGCCCCCACGGGGACACCCUCGCUCCUCCACAUACGCGCGCGCACACACAGCCGCGAGCAAACAUAGCUUGCAUACCCCUAGCUUCAGCUCUGGCAGCUCUGACUCCUGCAGCCUCCUUUGUGGGUGAGGAAGAGCAGCCAACCGUGGAUGGAGCCUCGGUGAAGCCAAGAGCUCAGAGAGGAAAGGGUCUGGCCUGGCAUGACCCUCGCCAGCCCCUCCACUUGGCUGGGUGAUGUCCCCCGGCCCGGGUCCUGGGGGCCCCUGGCAGUAUCAUGGAGCAACUGACACCUCUCCCACAGCUGGGGGACCCCAGAGCCAUGGAGCCGUGGGCCCUGCCCGCCUGGCAGAACUGGACUCCAGGGCAGGGGAGCGAACCUGGAGGCGCAGCCCCAGGCAUUGCUGAUACUCUGGCAGCCGGGCAGGUUGGAGAGCUGAGGCCUGAGGAGAGCUCAGAGGGAGCCCAGAGCUCUGGGGCUAUGGGCGGCACUGACCCUGAAGGAACCAAAACUGGGCUGCCCGGCCUGGGGCACCAAGCAGCAAGCUCCAGACCCAGCUGCCCGAGGCUGGAGGACGAAGAGGUGGAGGCUCUUCCUAAGGGCAAGCUGGGCGUGGGCUCUGGGGACAGGCCCAAUCUGGAGCUGCUGAGGGCCCUGGGGGAGCUGCGGCAGCGCUGUGCCAUCCUUAAGGAGGAAAAUCAGAUGCUGAGGAAGAGCAGCUUCCCUGAGACAGAGGAGAAGGUACGGAGGCUGAAGCGGAAGAAUGCCGAGUUGGCGGUCAUCGCCAAGCGUCUGGAGGAGAGGGCCCGGAAGCUGCAGGAGACUAACCUGAAGGUGGUGAGUGCCCCUGUGCCCCGUUCCGGGGCCAGCUUGGAGUUGUGCCGGAAGGCCCUGGCCCAUCAGCGAGCCCGGGACCUCAGUGAGACAGCCAGCGCCCUGCUGGCUAAGGACAAGCAGAUUGCUGCCUUGCAGCGGGAGUGCAGGGAGCUGCAGGCCAGGCUCACCCUGGUUGGCAAGGAGGGCCCCCAGUGGCUCCACGUGAGGGACUUCGACCGGCUGCUGCGCGAGUCCCAGCGGGAGGUGUUGCGGCUACAGAGGCAGAUCGCCCUGCGCAACCAGCAGGAGCCGCCCCCGCCGCCCCGGCCCCCGGGCCCAGCCGCCCCGGCCAGAGCAGGGGCGCCCGCCCCCGGGGCCCCGGGAGAGGCCAGGCCCCAAGAGGAUGUGGAAACCCCACCCGGGGGCCUAGGGGAGCCAGAGAAACAGCAGAGGGUACAGCAGCUGGAGUCAGAGCUCAGCAAGAAGCGAAAGAAAUGCGAGAGCCUGGAGCAGGAAGCCCGGAAAAAGCAGAGGCGAUGUGAGGAGCUGGAACUGCAGCUGAGAGAAGCCCAGAACGAGAAUGCCCGCCUCGUGGAGGAGAAUUCUCGGCUCAGUGGGAGAGCCACGGAAAAAGAGCAGGUGGAGUGGGAGAAUGCGGAGCUGAGGGGCCAGCUCCUGGGGGUGACGCAGGAGAGGGACUCGGCCCUUCGCAAGAGCCAAGGCCUGCAGAGCAAGCUGGAGAGCCUGGAGCAGGUGCUGAAGCACAUGCGGGAGGUGGCCCAGCGGAGGCAGCAGCUCGAGGUGGAGCAUGAGCAGGCUCGGCUCAGCCUGCGGGAGAAGCAGGAGGAAGUCCGGAGGCUGCAGCAGGCCCAGGCAGAAGCCAAGAGGGAACAUGAAGGGGCCGUGCAGCUGCUGGAGUCGACCCUGGAUUCCAUGCAGGUCCGGGUUCGAGAGCUGGAGGAACAGUGCCGCAGCCAAACAGAGCGCUUCAGCCUCCUGGCACAGGAGCUCCAGGCCUUCCGCCUGCACCCUGGCCCCUUGGACCUACUCACAUCCGCCCUGGGCUACAGUACCCUUGGGGACCACCCACCACCCCCCUGCUGCUGCUCUACCCCCCAGCCCUGCCGUGGCUCUGGCCCCAAAGACCUUGACCUCCCUCCGGGCUCCCCUGGGCGCUGCACCCCAAAGUCUUCUGAGCCUGCCCCUGCAACUGUUGUCGGGGUCCCUCGAAGGACGGCCAAGAAGGCAGAGUCCCUCUCCAACUCCUCUCGCUCUGAAUCCAUCCACAACAGCCCCAAGUCAUGCCCCACACCUGAGGUGGACACAGCCAGCGAGGUGGAAGAGCUGGAGGCAGACAGUGUCUCCCUGCUCCCGGCAGCACCGGACGGCAGCCGGGGAGGAGCCAGGAUCCAGGUGUUCUUAGCGCGCUAUAGCUACAACCCCUUCGAGGGCCCCAAUGAGAACCCAGAGGCGGAGCUCCCACUCACCGCUGGCGAGUACAUCUACAUCUAUGGCAACAUGGACGAGGAUGGCUUUUUUGAAGGGGAGCUCAUGGAUGGCCGAAGGGGCCUGGUCCCUUCCAAUUUUGUAGAGCGUGUGUCCGACGAUGACCUCCUGACCUCCCUCCCUCCGGAGCUGGCCGAUUUGUCCCACAGCUCAGGCCCCGAACUCAGUUUCCUGAGUGCAGGUGGGGGUGGCAGCAGUAGCGGGGGCCAGAGCAGCGGGGGACGCAGCCAGCCCAGACCUGAGGACGAGGCUGCGGGGGAAGAGCUCAGCCCGAGCCCCCAGCCCGAGGGCCUGGGCGGGCCCCCUGCUGUGCCUUACCCACGGGGUCUGGUGGUCCUCAGGCAGCUGGCCCACAGUGUGGUGCUGGCCUGGGAGCCGCCUCCUGAGCGAGUGGAGCUACGCGGCUACCAUAUCUGCGUGAACGGGGAGCUGCGCCAGGCCCUGGGGCCGGGGGUGCCCCCCAAGGCUGUGCUCGAGAACCUGGACCUGCGGGCCGGGCCCCUCCGUGUUUCUGUGCAGGCCCUGACCAGCCAGGGCAGCUCGGACCCUCUGCGCUGUUGCUUGGUGGUGGGUACCCGGGCUGGGGUGGUACCUAGCCAGCUGCGGGUCCAUCGACUGACAGCCACGUCUGCUGAGAUCACCUGGGUGCCCGGCAAUAGCAACUUGGCCCAUGCCGUCUACCUCAAUGGGGAAGAGUGCCCCCCUGCCCGCCCCAGCACCUACUGGGCCACCUUCUGCCACCUGCGGCCUGGUACUCUCUAUCAGGCCCGAGUGGAGGCUCAGCUCCCACCUCGAGAGUCCUGGGAACCAGGCUGGGAGAGGCCGGAGCAGCGGGCUGCCACCCUGCAGUUCACCACACUCCCAGCAGGCCCACCCGAUGCCCCCCUGGAUGUGCAGAUUGAGCCGGGACCCUCCCCUGGAAUCCUGAUCAUCAGCUGGCUCCCAGUAACAAUUGAUGCUGCUGGCACCUCCAAUGGCGUCCGGGUCACGGGCUAUGCCAUCUAUGCCGAUGGGCAAAAGAUCAUGGAGGUGGCGUCGCCCACAGCAGGCAGUGUGCUGGUGGAGCUGUCCCAGCUGCAGCUGAUGCAAGUGUGCCGUGAGGUGGCUGUGCGCACCAUGUCGCCCCAUGGCGAGUCAGCCGACUCCAUUCCGGCUCCUGUCCCCCCAGCCCUAGUGGCAGCCUGCCUACCAGCCACGGUCUCUUGCCCCUCACCACGGCCAGGCUCCGAAGCCAGAACACCUCUUGCUCCAGCCUCCCCGGGGCCUGGAGACCCCAGCUCCCCCCUCCGGCGCCCUGACCCGCACGGAACUCAAGAGGCCCCCGGGGCCCCCCCGGCAAGCCCUCCCAGAGAUGCAGCGAGAGGAGCCCCCCAGGAGCCCCCAGCAGCUUGCUCCCAGGAGGAGGCCGGGGCAGCUGUGCCGGGCACCUCAGAGGACGGGAGGGCCAGCGAGCCGGCUGCGGGAGACAGAGCUCCCGGCCCCGCGGCUUCGCCUCUGGCCCAGGAAGAGGCCCUCCUGGCACCCUGCCCCGGCCAGGGAGCACUCGCCCCGCGAGGACCCUGUGCUGAGGCCGGCCGCGGAGGAGACGCCGGGUCUGGGCUGAGGCCCAGGGCUGAGAGGGAGGACACAGCAGAGCUCGGGGCCCACCUGGUGAGCUCCCUUGCGGACCAUGGCCACAAUUCGGAUCUCUCAGACAUCCAAGAAGAGGAGGAGGAGGAGGAGGAGGAAGAGGAUCUGGGUUCCAGGACUUGCUCUUUCCAGAAGCAGGUUAUUGGCAACAGCAUCAGGGAGAAUGGGGCCAAGCCCCAGCCUGACCCCUUCUGUGAGACCGACAGCGACGAGGAGAUCUUGGAGCAGCUCCUGGAGCUGCCCCUCCAGCAGUUCUGCAGCAAGAAGCUUUUUAGCAUCCCCGAGGAGGAGGAAGAGGAGGAUGAGGAAGAUGAGGGAGAGGAGGAGGAAGACGAGGAGAGGCCAGGGGCAGGCUGUUCCUCCCGAGACCCCGGCCCACCCGAGUCUGCACUGCUGGGGCUGGGCUCUGACAGCGGUCAGCCUCGAGGGCCUGGCCCGUGUCCCUUGUCCCCAGAGCCCUGCAGGGCUGGGGACCGCCUGGAGGACAUACCUGGACUAGUUGGUGGAAACAGCCGGAGGAAAGGAAGUGGCUCCCCUGAGAAGCCCCCAAACCGCAGGCGGUCCCCAGAUCCCCGUGAACACUGCAGCCGACUUCUCAGCAACGGCGGGCCCCAGGCCUCUGGACGACCGGGCCCCACACGGGAAAGGGGCAGCCCCUCUGUGGGCGAGGGGACCAAGGGUGUGCCAGAGGCUGGUGGGAGAGGGCGGCCGGCCCCUUCCCGGAGAUGCUCCCGUGGCCGGGCCCCAGAAUCUAGCCUGGCCAGCUGCCUCUCCCCCAAGUGCUUGGAGAUCAGCAUCGAAUAUGAUUCUGAGGACGAGCAGGAGGCGGGCGGCGGGGGCAUCAGCAUCACCAGCUCCUGCUACCUCGGAGAUGGGGAGGCCUGGGGCAUGGCCCCCAUAGGAAGGUCCAGGGGGCCUCUGAAGGCCAAUUCAGGCCCCAACCCCUACCCACGCCUUUCGGCCUGGGAGAAGGGGGAGCCAGAGCGGAGAGGCCGCAGUGCGACUGGCAGAGCCAAGGAGCCACCCUCCCGGGCCACAGAGACUGGGGAGCCCAGAGGGCAGGACAGCUCUGGGAGGAGGGGCCCCCCGCGGAGAGGGGCCCAGGCCCCCAGGGCAGGCGGCACUGAGCUGGCCUCUCUGAGGAGCCCCCCAGAAGAGGCGCUGGUUUACCAGGACCUACCUGUCAGGGUCUUUGUGGCUCUGUUUGACUAUGACCCGGUGUCAAUGUCACCCAACCCUGAUGCUGGGGAAGAGGAGCUCCCCUUCCGGGAAGGCCAGAUCCUGAAGGUGUUUGGGGACAAGGAUGCCGAUGGCUUCUACCGCGGUGAAGGGGGCGGGAGGAUAGGCUACGUCCCCUGCAACAUGGUGGCCGAGGUGGCUGUGGACAGUCCCAUAGAGAGACAGCAGCUGCUCCGGCAGGGUUAUUUGUCCCCAGAUGUUCUCACCGAAGGCUUAGGGAAUGGUCCCUUUGUGUACUCUACAGCCCGCACUGCUGGGCCUCCCCCCAAGCCCCGCCGCUCCAAGAAAGCUGAAGUGGAAGGCUCUGCCCGCCCUUGUGCAGGCCGCCCCCAGCAGGUCUCCUCUGCCGGCCUGAAGUCUCCCCGUUCCAUGGUGGCUGCAUUUGACUACAACCCUCAGGAGAGCUCCCCCAACAUGGACGUGGAGGCAGAGCUGCCCUUCCGGGCAGGCGACAUCAUUACUGUGUUCGGUGACAUGGACGAUGAUGGUUUCUACUAUGGGGAGCUCAAUGGACAGAGGGGCUUGGUUCCAUCCAACUUCCUGGAGGGCCCUGGACCUGAGGCGAGCGGCUCAGACAGGGAGCCCGGGGCACCCCAGGCCGAGAGUCAGAGAACGAGGAGGAGACGAGUCCAGUGCUAGAUGGAGAUAGAUAUAUAUAGAGAGAGCAACAUGACUGGGCCAGCUCAACACAAGGGCCCCCAGUGCCCAGAGACUGGCCCUGUGCCCCUGGCCC